AUGGCGAAAGGCCAAGGGGGUGCAAGCGGUGCUUGCUCCGAUCCGACGCACGAGUCCGAGCCAUCCGGGGAUGAUCGUGCCGGACGGACCCUUGAGCCUACUCCGGCGCGAGCUCGGCGUGAACGUGGUGCAUCUAGGGGAAUGACGCGGGAUAUGGAGACCCGCAUGUCCAGGCUUGAGCAAGCCAUGGACGAGCUUCGUGCCGACAAAGGUAGCGGGGAGGAGUCUAGCAACGAGGAGGAGGCCACGGCUCGGGAGGAGUUGCAAGAUCAGGUGCUCGAUCUCAAGGACGAGGUGGCCGAGCUCCGUGGUGAGUUGCUGAGUACUCUCACUACCAAGACGGACAAACACCGGGAAGCCUUGGAAGCCAUGAUCGCAGCCUUGCGUGCGGAGGUAGGCGAGCUACGAACCAAGACGGCUGUCUUGGAGAUGGCGUGCGCAAGUGGUGGAACAACCACGCAUGCCGACCUUCGGGUUGAUGUGCCCAAACCGAAGGAGUUCCAUGGCUCAAGAGUGGCCAAGGACGUCGACAACUUCUUGUACUCGGUGAACGAGUACUUGGACAUCCGAGGAGAGAUGGAUGAUCUUAGGCGGAUAAAGACCGUCGCAAUGUACCUGCACGGUAACGUCUUGCUGUGGUGGCGUAAUCGGAAGGCCGAUCGAGAAGCCGAACCAAUCGUGACGUGGGAAUCCUUCGAAACGGAGUUCCGGAAGCAAUUCUAUCCCACCUAUGCGGAGGAGGAAGCUCGCGACGAGCCGAGGCGUCUCGAGCAAACGGGCAAAAUACGUGAGUAUAUAAGGAAGUUUUGCGAGCUGAAACUUCAAAUACCGUCCCCGUCCGAGAAUGAGGCGUACUAUCGGUUCAUCGGCGGCCUUAAGGCGUGGGUGAAGAUGGAGCUCAAACGGCAGAAUGCGACGACGCUCGCGACGGCCUUGUACGUGGCCGAAGGAAUCAUCGAGUACCGUGGCAACUCGAUGGAUAAGCCGGACCCGAAGCCUAGGAGUGGCAAGACUACUGGUAGGGGUGAUCGCGCCAAGACACGGCGGUCGAUGGCAAGCAAGCCGCGACCCACUUACUCGAGGGAUCGAGUUAAGUCGAGUCGGGCGAAGAGCAAAAAGCUUGAGUGCUUUAAGUGCUCCGACCCUCACUUUGCCGGGAUUGCCCAAACCCGGGGCAAGGUGGCGUCCUUGAAGACGGUGGAGAAAGGAAAGGCCGCCGACGAGUCACGGGACGAGGGACGACCAAGGGAGGAAGUUCGGCUCGGCUCCCUCAAGAUCCCGAGCACUAUGAACGUGCAAGAGGCAGGCCCAUCUAGAGGACUUAUGUUCGGCGAUGUGGUGGUUGGUGGAGCGGAAAUGAGCGCGCUCAUCGACACCGGUGCAUCCGACUUGUUCAUGUCGGAAGAAGCGGCUAAGAGACUUGACUUGCGGGUUGAGGAAGGAACCGGGUGGCUCAAAACGGUAAACUCGGAGGAAGUCAAGACGAGCGGGCUGGCCCGUGAUGUAGAAAUUCGACUCGGAGCCUUUCAAUGCGGGGACUCGAUCGAGGUAAUCCCGAUGGACGAUUAUGAUCUUGUCACCGGAUUGGGAUUCCUAGAUAGGAUCAAAGCCUUUCUGGUCCCAUGUGUCAACAGCAUCCGUGUGUUGGACCCUCGUGGUCGGUGUGUUGUCCCGGUUCGGCGUGAGUCCGGGAGGAGCCAAAAGACCCUUUCGGCGAUGCAACUAGCGAAGGGAGUUCGUAGGGGCGAGCUGACUCUCUUGGCAACUCUGGUGAUCGAUGAUGCUGAACAUGUUCGGGAGCAAUGGCCCGACGGGAUAGACGAGGUACCGGCCUUGUUUGAAGAUGUAAUGCCCCCCGAGUUGCCCAAGAAGCUGCCGCCCAAAAGGGAAGUCGACCACGGGAUCGAGCUGGUUCCCGAUGCUCGACCCCCAGCCAUGGUGUCAUAUCGCAUGGCCCCGCCGGAACUUGAGGAGAUGAGGAGACAACUCAAGGAGUUGCUCGAUGCCGGGUAUGUUCGACCGUCAAAGUCCCCAUUCGGCGCCCCGGUGCUGUUCGAAAAGAAACAUGACGGGUCUCUCCGCAUGUGCAUCGACUAUCGGGCGUUGAACAAGUUGACGAUCAAGAACAAGUACCCCAUUCCACUCAUCGCAGACUUGUUCGACCAGCUUGGGAGUGCGAGGUGGUUCACUAAGCUGGAUUUGCGGUCGGGAUACUACCAGGUGAGGAUUGCAGAAGGGGACGAACCAAAGACCGCUUGUGUGACUCGGUAUGGGGCUUACGAGUUCUUGGUCAUGCCGUUCGGCUUGACAAACGCCCGGCCACAUUCCCGCACCUUGAUGAAUAAGGUACUACAACCGUUCCUUGAUCAAUUUGUGGUUGUGUACCUAGACGAUAUUGUGAUUUAUAGCCGAACGCUCGAGGAGCACGUUGAACACCUCAAGCGUGUCUUCCAAGUUACGAGGGAGAACGAGCUGUACGUGAAGAAAGAGAAGUGCGUCUUUGCACAAAGGCGGGUUCCGUUCUUGGGGCACAUCGUUGGAGAGGGACGUGUACGGAUGGACGUGGCCAAGAUUCGGGCUAUUGUUGAGUGGGAACCUCCCACGAAGGUGCCGGAGCCGAGAUCCUUCCUGGGGCUGGCGAAUUACUAUCGCCGGUUCAUUCGUGCCUACUCGGAGAUAGCCGUGCCACUCACGGACAUGCUGAAGAAGAACCGGCCGUGGGAAUGGUCGGCGAAGUGCCAAACGGCAUUCGAUCGGUUGAAGCGGGCGAUGGUUGAAGAACCCGUGCUGGUGCUGCCCGACCAUGCCAAGGCGUACGAGGUAGAGACCGAUGCCUCAGAUUUUGCUAUUGGUGGUGUGCUGAUGCGGGAGGGACACCCGGUAGCCUUCGAGUCCCGAAAGUUGGACGACACCGAGCGACGCUAUACGGUGCAAGAGAAGGAGAUGACGACCGUUGUGCAUUGCUUGCGCACUUGGCGUCACUACCUCCCGGGCUCUCGGUUCGUGGUGCGGACCGACAACGUAGCCACGAGCUACUUUCGGACCCAAAAGAAGUUGAGCCCGAAGCGGGCUCGAUGGCAAGACUUUCUCGCGAAGUUCGACUAUGUGCUCGAGUACAAACCGGGGAAGGCCAACUCGGUGGCUGAUGCCCCGAGCCGUAAGGCGUAA